AUGUUUUCCAGAAUUCACUUGGAUGGAUUCAGUUUAGUGAUGCAUUCGAUGGAUUACUGCAAGUUAGAGAAAGAAGAAGCUCUUGAUCUCCUUCGUGGCAAGAAAGUCGCCGUUGGCUUCAAGAAAUCUGCCAUUGAUUUGGCUUUAGAGUCUGCUUUAGCCAAUCGAGGAGAAGGUGGACAAGCAUGCACAAUGGUGGUGAGAACAACACAUUGGGUGAUUCCGCAUUAUUGGCGAGCUAUGGUAUCAAAAUUCAUCGAAUCAUAUGUUACCUGGAAGCUUCCUCUAGAGAAAUAUGGUCUUAAACCGGACCAUCCUUUUGAAGAAGACUAUGCUUCUUGUCAAAUGGCGAUCAUACCGGAGAAUUUCUUCGAGGAAGCGGAUAAAGGGAUGAUCCGUUUUAAGAAAACACCAAAAUGGUGCUUUUGUGAUGAAGGGAUUGAGUUUGAGGAUGGGACUACGCUAGAAGCUGAUGUUGUGAUACUCGCGACUGGUUAUGAUGGAGACAAGAAACUAAAAGCCAUUAUUCCUGAACCAUUUCGAAGUUGGCUUGAGUUUCCAUGGGGUCUCAUGCCGUUGUACAGGGGAACAAUCCAUCCAUUGAUACCAAACAUGGGCUUCGUGGGAUACGUUCAAAGUAACUCGAACGUACGCGCAUCAGAGUUACGUUCCAUGUGGUUAAACCGGCUCAUGGAUGAGAAAUUCAAAUUACCAAGCAAAGAGAAAAUGUUGUACCAAUUCUAUAAAGAAAUGAAAGUGAUGAAAAAAUCAAGCAGAUUCUAUAAAAAUCACUGCAUUUCUACUUUCAGCAUCCAACAUGCUGAUGAUCUAUGUAAUGACAUGGGACUCAAUCCUCGGAGAAAAUCCAACUUGUUCCUUGACGUAUUUUGUCCUUAUGGUUCUCAAGAUUAUCGAUUCGAUCAAGAAGAAACUAAAUAAAUAUACUACAACAAGAA